CCUUCACCUCUAGAUGCCACUGAUCCACUAGGACCACCACCUCCAAGACCACCGAACAAAGUUCUCGUUACAUUCCUACUCCCGUCACCGCCCGAACCUGCAAGGCUCGCGAGCCCCAGCAAGCAAGCAAGCAUCAUCCCCAGACGCAACCUCGCAAUUUUGUAUUCUAUCCGUAGCGGCGGCGGAUCAGCCCCCAAAUCUCACUUGUUUUCUCCUACCCCAGCAGAGCCCAACAGUUUACUCUUCCGAUCCCUGACAGGGCAGUUAGUCUUCAGCAGGCGGGGGGAUCAGGACCAUGGUGGCCAAGAGCAGGCGACAGGUCGCCAAGCUCGCGUUGCUUGCACUCGCCCUGCUCCUCCUCCUCCUCGCCGCCACCUUGCUGUGCGUCUUCUUGAUCCCGCGCCACCACCGGAAGCCGCUGCCGCCGGGCCCGCCGCCGGGGAACGCCUCGAACCCCGACGACAGCAUCGUGGCGUUCGACUUCUCCCCGUACCUCAUCAUGUACAAGAGCGGCCGCGUGCACCGGCUGGACGGCACCGCCCGGUGCGCGGCCGGCGUCGACGGGGACACGGGGGUGGCCUCGAAGGACGUCGUCAUCGACGCCGGGACGGGGCUCGCGGCGCGGAUGUACCUGCCCCCGGCGCCCAAAGGGAAGAAGGACCUCGGCCGGCUCCCCGUGCUCGUGUUCUACCACGGCGGCGCGUUCGUCAUCGAGUCCGCCUUCACGCCGCUGUACCACGCGUACCUGAACGCGGUGGCGGUCAAGGCGCGCGUCGUGGCGGUGUCCGUGGAGUACCGCCUCGCGCCGGAGCACCGGCUGCCGGCGGCGUACGACGACUCGUGGCAGGCGCUCAACUGGGUGGCCAGGAACGCCGGGUCCGGGGGGGCGGAGCCGUGGCUGCGGGACCGGGGCAACCUGUCGCGCCUGUUCGUGGCGGGGGACAGCGCCGGCGCCAACAUCGCGCACAACAUGGCCAUGCGCGCGGGCACGGAAGAAGGGGGCCUGGACGGCGGCGCGGCCAUCGCGGGGCUCCUCCUGCUGGACCCGUACUUCUGGGGCAAGAAGCCCGUGGCCGGGGAGACGACGGACCAGGCGACGCGGCGCCAGUACGAGGCGACGUGGUCGUUCAUCUGCGGCGGGCGGUACGGCAUCGACGACCCGCUGGUGAACCCGCUGUCGGCGGAGCUGCGGAGGCUGGCGUGCUCGCGCGUGGCGGUGACGUCGUCGGGCCUGGACGACUUCCGGCCGCGCGGCCUGGCGUACGCGGCGGCGCUCCGGGACAGCGGGUGGGGCGGGGAGGUCGAGCAGUACGAGACGCCCGGCGAGCGGCACGUCUACUUCCUGGACAGGCCCAAGGACCCCAACUCCGUCAAGGAGCUGGCCUUCGUCACCGGCUUCCUGAGCCGGGAGUAGCCAUGAGGGGCCUAGCAGCUAGCGAGGCAGAUCAGAUCAGGACAUCGGCGUAGGUGCGGUCGCCAGGAUAGCGCUGCGCUGCGGUAUAUGAUUGAUAGUUUGAUACUAGUAGAUUAUUGGCAGAGUAGCAUGUUCCUAUUGUUUUCUUGCGUUUGGAUGUUGAAUUUUUGACGGGGAUCUCGAGAGGUGAUGAACUGAUGAGGAUCUCGGUAAAUUUGGGGAUCUCGAAGGUCGGAGCUCCUGCUGUGUCACCGUGACUCCGUGAGCAAAGGUGCCUGCACAGCUGCAC